AUGGCUCCGAGGUGCGGCAGCCUCCUCACCCCGAAAGUUCAGAGAGGACAAGGAGAGGACGAGGAGACGACGAGGAGACGACAAGGAGACAACAAGGAGACAACAAGGAGAGGACGAGGAGACGACAAGGAGACGACGAGGAGACGACAAGGAGACAACAAGGAGACAACAAGGAGAGGACGAGGAGACGACAAGGAGACGACGAGGAGACGACAAGGUGACAACAAGGAGAGGACAAGGAGAGGACGAGGAGAGGAUAAGGAGAGGACAAGGAGAGGACCGGGAGAGGACAAGGAGAGGACAAGGAGAGGACAAGGAGAGGACCGGGAGAGGACAAGGAGACAACAAGGAGACGACAAGGAGACGACAAGGAGACGACAAGGAGACGACAAGGAGAUGACAAGGAGAGGACAAGGAGACGACAAGGAGAGGACAAGGAGACGACAAGGAGAGGACAAGGAGACGACAAGGAGACGACGAGGAGAGGACGAGGAGAGGACAAGGAGACGACAAGGAGACGACAAGGAGACGAUAAGGAGACGACGAGGAGAGGACGAGGAGAGGACAAGGAGACAACAAGGAGACGACAAGGAGACGACAAGGAGACGACAAGGAGAGGACGAGGAGAGGACAAGGAGACGACAAGGAGACGACAAGGAGACGACCCAGGAGGGGACAGGAGACGAUAAGGAGGGGACAAGGAGACGACAAGGAGACGACAAGGAGGGGACAGGAGACGACAAGGAGGGGACAGAAGAUGACAAGGAGACGAUAAGGAGACGACAACGAGGGGACAGGAGACAAUAA